AUGGGCUACGACUAUGCGCUCGUGCACCUCACCUACACCAUUCCGCCUGCUCUACUGCUCUCCAUAAUAUACUACCCAUUAUGUACAAAGCUCGACCUCUACAAACUUGCCUUCUUAAUAAUCAUCGCCGUCAUCUCAACCAUACCAUGGGACAGCUACCUCAUCCGCACGAACAUCUGGUCGUACCCGCCUUCCGUAGUCCUCGGACCCAAGAUCUUCUCGAUUCCGAUUGAAGAGGUCUUUUUCUUCGUCAUCCAGACAUACAACACAAGCCUGUUGUAUCUGCUGCUGAGCAAGCCGGUGCUACAUAGCGCCUACCUCGUGCGAGAGAAGAAAGGACGGCGAGGGAGAUGGACGUACAUCAAACUCAUUGGCCAGUUGGCGCUCGGGUUGGCGAUCAAGAAGGGCAUCACGUUCGUGCGGGAAGGAGGCAAGGAGACAUACCUCGGUCUGAUACUGGUCUGGGCCAUACCCUUUCUCUUUCUGCUCUGGAGUCUGGCUUACCAGUUUCUGGUCAAUCUUCCACCAACAAGCACGAUCUUACCAAUCGCACUACCCACGCUCUACCUCUGGCUUGUGGACACUCUAGCUCUGAAACGUGGAACAUGGGUUAUCGAAUCUGGAACGAAAACGGGGAUCACGCUGUGGGAGGGACUUGAGAUCGAGGAAGCAGUCUUCUUCCUCCUAACAAACUGCCUCAUCACCUUUGGCCUCGUAGCAUUCGACAACGCAAUCGCAGUCCUGAACACUUUCCCCUCGCACUUCGAAAAAGUACCUUCCCUACCCAAUCCAGCUCUACUAGUGCGAGCACUCUUAAUACCAGCAAGCACAUACGACGACGACCGGAUCCUUGGACUGCAGCAGAGCGUAGCGCGACUCAAGGCUAAGAGCCGAAGUUUCUACCUCGCUUCAUCCGUCUUUCAAGGCCGGCUACGAAUUGAUCUUAUUGUUUUGUACUCUUUCUGUCGCAUAGCGGAUGAUUUGAUUGAUAAUGCGACCACGGCGAAGGAAGCGCGGGACUGGGUGGCGAAGCUGAAAGAGUUUUUGGAUUUGUGUUAUGCGGACCCGAUGAAGACUGCGGAUGGAAGGGUGAUUAAUGCACGAGAUCCGAACCAAGGUGCGGCUACGACGUGCGUGAUGAGACAUUUCCCGGAGGACGCGCAACUGACAUUGCUUAUGCUACCGACCAAUCGUAUGAACAAGGAGCCCUUGUACGAACUGAUAAGAGGAUUCGAAAUGGAUCUGGCCUUCACGUCAAAUUUCAGCGGCACCACCACGACCAAACUUACCGGUCCCAUCACCUCGGAACAGGAUCUUGAUCUCUACGGCGCUCGUGUCGCUGGCACAGUGGCAUUAUUGUGUAUCCAGCUGGUCAUGUACCACUACCCCGGAACUUCGGAGUCGAAGGCCAAGCGUUUGAUGGCUGCCGGGCAUGAUAUGGGGGUUGCGUUGCAAUAUACCAAUAUCGCGCGGGACUUGCAAGUUGAUGCGCAGAAUGGACGGGUCUACGCACCGCCUGGCUGGCUGAAAAAGGAGAAAUUCACGCCUGAGUCUUUCAUUGCUGGACUUACAUCCGCCGUCGCCUCGCCACCUACGGACAGCCAAACGUUCUUCUUGCAAAAGUUGUCGGCGGUACGGCAUAGACUCCUCGACCGCGCUUUCCUCUUCUACGACAGAAGUGUCAGUGCUAUUGAAGAACUUCCUAUCGAAGGACGCGCGCCUAUGAGAGUAGCGGUGGAGAGUUAUAUGCAGAUUGCUCGCGAACUGCGCACACCUGGUUUCGCCGUGAAGGCUGGACGGGCGACGGUGCCCGGGUGGAAGAGGGUGGGCGUUGCUUGGAAUAGCUUGUGGGGACCACGGAAAAGACAAUAA